AUGAAGCUCGCCGCUGUCCUCACCGUCCUCGCCGCUGUCCUCACCGUCCUCGCCGCUGUCCUCACCGUCCUCGCCGCUGCCGCUGCCUCCGCCCAGACCUGUGGCAACGGCCUGACCGCUGGCCCCGUCGACCCAGCUUUGGUCGACCCCUGUAUCUCUGGCUGUACACAGACGGCUGCAGCCUCGGUGCCCGGCUGUAACCCGCUCGACCGCGCCUGCAUCUGCGGAGGCAGCUUUUUGGGAAGCACCAUGAAAGACAACUUCUACAAGGCCGUCGUGAACUGCCUUAUCAACAAUCGUUGCAACACUGGCAACGCGCAGACCAUCUCGAACAACACGUGCCAGUACGGCUUCUGCAACGUCGUCCUCCCCUCGGGCGCCACUCGCAAGCGCGCCGUUGAGAAGGCCAAGAUUCCUCAGUGCCCUCAGUUCCACAAGAACGCUCUUCUCGUACAGGGCGACGAGGGCAACUACGACGGGUUCGAGUGCAUCGACACGCUCCGUGACCUCGAGUCGUGCGGCGGCUGCCCCGACGUCGACGGCAUCGACUGCACUGCCCUCCCCGGCGCCAGCGACGUCUCGUGCGUCCUCGGCCAAUGCAAGGUGCACGCAUGCGACCGCGGCUUUACGCUGGUUAACGGUGAAUGCGUCUACUAA